CACCAUCCUCCAUGUCACCCAGAUACAUCCGUCUCAUCUUCAGCCAACGCACAUGAAGUUCUAGAGCCCCCUAGGUUCCAAACUCUAAAUCCUACACUUAUCCGUACCCACUUAGGGCUAGUUUUUUUCACGUACUUGUCGUCCACCUGUCUGGUUUCGCCCCGUGCCCCUGACAUUGUCGUCUCUCAAUGGCAACGAAGGCAAACCGUCUCCGAGUUCUUGCGCUGUACAAGGAGCUGCAUAGGCUAGGGCGCGACUAUGAACCAUCAUACGACUUUCAUGGUAAACUGAGAAGGAUGUUUGAGAAGAAUCGAAACCUCACAGACGCAGAAGAGAUUGAAAAGGCGUAUAAUCUGGGCGAGUACAUAAAGAAGGAAACGCUAGCUUUGUACUCAUUACGAAAAUACCGUCAUUUGAAAAGGAUGUAUCCACCCAAUUCGACGUCUGAUCCUUGAAACCUUUAUUUCAUCGCUUUGCUCUUCCGUCUUUUGCCUAUAUAGUCAUGGUUCGACAUACCAUGCCGUUACUCAAAUAGCAUAUCACUUGGCAGGGUAUCGGUUCCUCAGGCCUCUGCGGUAUCAACACAGUGCCAAUGCAGCGUCAGUCAACGAUGCCUUGACUAUCUGGAUUCUCUUAUAUACGUGAUGCGCGGAAAUCUAGGGUAGACAUAGCGUUCCAUGGGACGUCACAUCCUACACUUUCUUGGAGAUAUGCUAGCCCAUUAGAUAGCAGGUCAUAGACUCACUUUUGGUUGAGAUGCGGAUAUAACAAACUAGCGACGAG